UCCCCUAAAACCUCCAUCGUAAGAGCAAACACAAAACUGGAGUUUACCAAACAGUUCCAAACCUAAAAGCCUGGGCUACACGGUUUUAGGUUAGAAGGUUGUUUUGGUUUCCUGUCCCAUUUUCCGCCCGAUUCAACCUGUAAAAGAAAACCAUGGCACCGCCGAAACCGAGAUUGCACAAAACGACCGGAAAGUUGAAAUCGAUUCCUAGACCAAAAGACAGUGAUGUGCCUACUCCUGCUUCCGGACCAACAACCCCAUCGCCCACGCAAAAUUCUGAACCACAUCCGGAUCCGGAUCAACAGUUUGAGCUAGAACUUUACUGGUGCAUCCAGCAGUUGGAAUCACAGCUUCCGAAUUUGCAAGGAAACACUAAAAAAUGGACCGAUACGAACAAGAUGAUCAACACGCUAAAGAGCAGCAACCAACCGAUCAUCCGAAAGCGUCAAAUUAUGCGUACCUCUUUCGGCGACUAUCGCAGUAAGAUGGCCGCAGAACAGCAAACGCUGGCCGUCGUUGAGGAUAACGUGCGCUUCGAAGAGCGCAAGGAGAAAGUGAAGUACCACUUUGUAAAAAAGUCGGCCGUCCUUAGCGGCGAUAAGAACUUCCGGUUCAAUUUCCCUGCGACGGCAUCAGUUGCCGAUGCUGAAGAAGAAGACACUAGUAAAGAGCAGACAGCAAAGUCGGAGCGUAGUAGACUGUCUGCAAAUGAUGUAGUUUUUGCACCUUCAGAUAAUUCAUUUCGAUUCAACUUCUCCGUUAGCAGCACCUGAGCGAGGGUUUGAUGUUUCCAAUAAAACAUUUGUUUUCAAUCGAUCA